GAGGAAGGCAGUAGCGUUUUUGACUGUUCCUGCUAUAAACCGCAAUCGCAAACAUACUGAUUGCACGCACAUGUGUGUCGUCUAUCCCCAUAGUAUAAUAAAACAUUUAAGAACUGACCAAUCUUUUAAAAGUAGAAGUGACAGAUCACAUCACAUUAAUCCUUUCAAAUUUAGAGUCAGGAAAUUUCAAAAUGGUUUCACAAUUUCCUUUAGACCCAAUGCACCUUGUAGAUAUUGGUGAAUGUAAAAAGUUGCUUCAAUUGUUGAUUAAAAAAGGCAAUAUAAACGUAAGCAAAGUUAACGAAAAAAUUACAUUUAUUUCCAAUUUAGUUCCCUCAGAGUUCGGUCGAAUAUGUAGAAGUGUAGAUGAAAUCAGCAAUUGGAAAGCGACAGAGUUUACGCAGUUCUUAUUGUAUAUAGGUAUAUUUGUCCUAAAGGAUUGCAUUGGUGAUGACCAUUACUACCAUUUCCUCUUAUUGCACACAGGUAUAAGGCUACUAUCAUGCAAGAAGUCUUAUAGCACUUAUAGCACUGAAGCUAGUUACAAUAUACAUGGUUUACUCCAUUUAACUGACUGUACCAAGCAAUAUGGUCCUCUAGACAACUUUUCCGCUUACAAGUUUGAAAAUCACAUGCAAUAUUUAAAACAAGUUAUAAAUAAGCCCAAUAAAAUCCUGCAGCAAUUACAUUUAAGGCUAGAAGAAAGAAGAUAUAAUUUAUAAAUAUUUUUCUAUUCUACAUGAGAGCAAGUUUCUUUUAAUUCCGAUUUUACAUCAUCUAUUUCAUGAAUUUUCAAAUUAGAAUUUUUCACUGUAAUUAUUGUAUUGUCCCGAUGGUAUUUUAUUAUAUUAUUAUUAAGUUAUUUAAAAUGAAUUUUGAUGCUGCCAAAGUUUUAUUUCUUAAUGAGAUGGAUUCACCAUCACCAUUUGAUGACACCUAUUUGGAGCAAUGCCCAACAACGUCGACUCCCGUAAAAGAACAAUUGACAUUUAAACGGAAGAAAUUCAAUAUUUCUGGUUGCUACAACUCAGAGGCAAGCUUCUCAAAGCAACAAUUAAACAAUUUGCCUGAGGAUGGAAAUGAGUUKUCUUCCAGAGUUGAAAAUAUGGAAAGGAAGAUGGACAGCUUUUUGAAAAAAAAUAAAAUUCAUAAAAGCGAAGAAAUGGUACAACAAAAAACCGUCCGCGAAUGUAAGGUGCUAAUGUGGUGCUAAGUGGCGAAAAUAUCGACAACACACAAACAGAAAUUGCUUCCACCUAAUACAUACAUAUUUACAUUGAUUUUUCAUUACAUUUUUUAUAGAUUCUCUCAUUACCUGUGGACUUGCGAAUUUCGAGCAACAAAUGCGGAAGUCCAUCGAAAUGAGCCACCAUAGAUUUAAGCAAAAAAAAAUAAAGGAAGCGAAAA